UUUUUCCUUAGCUUUCCUCACAAGAAACUCAACACCCUAAAUUUCUCUCUGCUUAUCUACUACGCUCUCAAGUACCUCUCUGUUUUUGAUCUCAGUGUUCAGUGACAAUGGAUAACACAGAAAGAUCCUCUAAUGGAAACAUCCAAGCCGAGACGGAAGCAAAGGAGGAGAAGAAAAAUAUAAAGAAGGAAUCAGUGUCAUUGAUGGGUUUGUUUAGCGCAGCAGAUAAACUUGAUUACUUUCUCAUGUUGCUAGGAGGUUUAGGUGCGUGUAUACAUGGCGCUACGCUUCCUCUCUUCUUCGUGUUCUUCGGAAAAAUGCUAGAUUCUCUUGGAAAUCUUUCUACAGAUCCUAAAGCCAUAUCUUCCCGCGUUUCACAGAAUGCUCUGUACUUGGUCUACUUAGGAUUGGUCAAUUUUGUAUCAGCUUGGAUCGGAGUUUCUUGUUGGAUGCAAACAGGGGAAAGACAAACAGCACGAUUGCGUAUAAAUUAUCUCAAAUCGAUAUUAGCAAAAGACAUUACUUUCUUUGAUACUGAAGCUAGAGAUUCAAAUCUCAUUUUUCACAUAUCAAGCGAUGCUAUCUUGGUUCAAGAUGCAAUUGGCGAUAAGGUACUUUUACUAAUAUAUGAAUUCAUUCAUACUACUAUAUGGAUUCAUUAUAAUGUUUUGUUCUGUUUCAGACCGACCAUGUUUUGCGGUAUCUAUCUCAGUUUAUAGCGGGAUUUGUCAUUGGUUUUUUGUCGGUAUGGCAACUAACGCUGCUCACGUUAGGAGUGGUUCCACUGAUAGCUAUUGCAGGAGGAGGGUAUGCUAUAGUCAUGUCUACAAUCUCAGAGAAGAGUGAGACUGCUUAUGCUGAUGCAGGAAAAGUCGCAGAAGAGGUUAUGUCACAGGUGAGAACAGUGUAUGCUUUUGUAGGAGAAGAGAAAGCUGUAAAAUCUUACUCAAAUUCUCUCAAGAAAGCUCUGAAACUCGGUAAAAGGAGCGGUCUUGCUAAAGGUUUAGGAGUUGGAUUAACAUAUAGCCUCUUGUUCUGUGCUUGGGCUUUGCUUUUGUGGUAUGCAAGUCUUCUUGUACGCCACGGCAAAACCAAUGGUGCAAAAGCCUUCACAACCAUCCUCAAUGUCAUUUUCAGUGGAUUCGCCUUAGGUCAAGCCGCACCUAGCUUAUCCGCGAUUGCUAAGGGUAGAGUUGCUGCUGCAAACAUAUUCAGAAUGAUAGGGAACAACAAUUCUGAAAGUUCUCAAAGAUUAGACGAGGGAACAACAUUGCAAAAUGUAGCUGGGAGGAUUGAGUUUCAAAAAGUGUCUUUCGCAUAUCCUUCUAGACCAAACAUGGUUUUUGAGAAUCUUAGUUUCACAAUACGGUCAGGCAAGACUUUUGCAUUUGUCGGUCCAAGUGGUUCAGGGAAAAGCACAAUCAUAUCAAUGGUUCAACGUUUCUAUGAACCUAACUCAGGGGAGAUUCUCUUAGAUGGAAAUGACAUCAAGAGCCUAAAGCUUAAAUGGUUUAGAGAACAGCUUGGAUUAGUGAGUCAAGAACCAGCAUUAUUCGCCACAACAAUAGCUUCCAAUAUUCUUUUAGGUAAAGAGAAUGCGAAUAUGGAUCAGAUCAUAGAAGCUGCUAAAGCAGCUAAUGCUGAUUCUUUCAUUAAAUCAUUACCUAAUGGUUACAAUACUCAGGUUGGAGAAGGAGGAACUCAACUCUCAGGAGGACAGAAACAGAGGAUUGCAAUUGCUCGAGCAGUUCUAAGAAAUCCAAAGAUAUUACUUUUAGAUGAAGCAACAAGCGCUCUUGAUGCCGAAUCAGAGAAGAUUGUUCAGCAAGCACUUGACAAUGUCAUGGAAAAAAGAACAACAAUCGUCGUUGCACAUAGAUUAUCCACCAUUCGAAAUGUUGACAAGAUUGUUGUCUUGAGAGAUGGUCAAGUUAGGGAAACCGGAAGCCACUCAGAACUCAUGUUAAGAGGAGGAGAUUAUGCGACUCUUGUCAAUUGCCAAGAGACAGAACCUCAAGAAAACUCGAGAUCAAUUAUGUCUGAAACUUGUAAAUCUCAAGCUGGAUCUUCUAGUUCAAGAAGAGUUUCUAGCUCAAGGAGGACUUCAAGCUUCAGGGUAGACCAAGAGAAGACUAAAAAUGAUGAUUCCAAAAAAGACUUUAGCUCUUCUUCGAUGAUAUGGGAACUUAUAAAGUUGAAUUCUCCAGAAUGGCCAUAUGCAUUACUUGGCUCCAUUGGUGCAGUACUUGCUGGAGCACAAACUCCAUUGUUCUCUAUGGGGAUUGCUUAUGUGUUAACUGCAUUUUAUUCGCCUUUUCCUAAUGUGAUCAAGCGCGACGUAGAAAAGGUAGCUAUUAUCUUUGCUGGAGCUGGAAUAGUAACUGCACCUAUAUAUCUUCUCCAACAUUACUUCUAUACACUAAUGGGAGAGCGUCUUACUUCUAGGGUUCGCUUAUCCUUGUUCUCAGCGAUUCUUUCAAAUGAGAUUGGAUGGUUUGAUCUGGAUGAGAACAACACUGGCUCACUUACUUCAAUCUUAGCUGCUGAUGCAACUUUGGUGAGGAGUGCUCUAGCGGAUCGCCUCUCGACAAUAGUCCAAAACUUGUCUCUUACAGUCACUGCAUUGGCACUUGCCUUUUUCUAUAGUUGGCGUGUUGCAGCUGUGGUAACGGCUUGUUUCCCUCUUCUCAUUGCGGCUUCACUUACCGAGCAACUAUUUUUAAAAGGCUUUGGAGGAGAUUACACAAGAGCUUACUCUAGGGCAACUUCAGUGGCACGUGAAGCGAUUGCAAAUAUAAGAACUGUCGCUGCAUAUGGUGCCGAAAAGCAGAUCUCGGAACAGUUUACUUGUGAGCUAAGCAAGCCCACCAAGAAUGCCUUUGUCAGAGGUCAUAUCUCUGGAUUUGGAUACGGUUUGUCUCAGUUUCUUGCGUUCUGUUCCUACGCUCUUGGUCUCUGGUACGUAUCGGUUUUGAUCAAUCAUAAGGAGACGAAUUUUGGGGAUAGUAUCAAAUCCUUCAUGGUGUUGAUCGUCACAGCUUUCUCAGUUUCGGAAACGCUUGCUUUGACCCCAGAUAUCGUGAAGGGCACGCAAGCACUCGGGUCAGUUUUCAGGGUUUUACAUAGAGAGACCAAGAUAUCUCCAGACCAGCCUAACUCAAGAAUGGUUAGUCAAGUCAAAGGAGAUAUAGAGUUUAGAAACGUGAGUUUUGUGUAUCCCACAAGACCCGAAAUUGACAUUUUCAAAAACCUAAACCUCCGAGUUUCAGCCGGGAAAAGUCUUGCGGUCGUAGGACCUAGUGGUUCGGGAAAGAGCACGGUGAUCGGACUGAUCAUGAGAUUCUACGAUCCGAGCAACGGCAAUCUUUGCAUCGAUGGGCAAGACAUAAAAACCCUAAACUUACGUAGCUUGCGCAAGAAGCUAGCGCUAGUUCAACAAGAACCGGCUCUCUUUUCAACAACCAUAUACGAAAACAUUAAGUAUGGCAAUGAAAACGCAUCGGAGGCAGAGAUCAUGGAAGCUGCGAAAGCGGCGAAUGCGCACGAGUUCAUUAUCAAGAUGGAAGAAGGGUACAAAACGCACGCGGGUGAUAAGGGAGUACAAUUAUCAGGUGGGCAGAAACAGAGAGUGGCUAUCGCGAGGGCGGUUUUAAAGGACCCUUCAGUGCUUCUCCUUGAUGAGGCAACAAGUGCUCUGGACACGAGCUCGGAGAAACUAGUCCAAGAGGCGCUAGACAAGCUAAUGAAGGGACGAACGACGGUAUUGGUGGCUCAUAGGCUGUCGACCAUAAGAAAAGCAGAUACGGUCGCUGUGUUGCAUAAGGGAAGGGUUGUAGAGAAAGGAAGUCAUAGAGAGCUUGUUUCAAUACCUAAUGGGUUUUAUAAGCAAUUGACGAGUCUUCAAGAAGUACUGUGACUCGUGAUCUUUGAAGUUUCUUUCGCUUUAAAUUUUAUAAAACUAAUAUAUACACAUAGAAACUACAUAUGAUAAUAUUAUAAGAUUGUGUCAGGAAUAUCUGGACACAAAAAACAUUUGUAAACUUUUAAGGAAAAAAAUUGAAUAGCAGAGAAUGUGUCUUAUUG